GCUGUUCAAUUGUGCCCUUUGAAUGCUUCCACCACUUCUUCAAUUCAGACUCCAUGGGACUGCGGUAUGGGGAACUAGUGUAUGCAGUGUUAUUCCGAGUAUUCUUCCUUAUGUACAGAUUCCACGAAAUAUCCGAUGCACUUAACAGUUUCCUGGGUCUGGGCAACAUAGUGGUGGGGAUAAUACAGGAGUUCGUGAAUGGGUUCCUCUUCUUCCACUCUGUCACUUUCGUCUUCAUCGCGUCCACCUGUCUCUUCAAAGAAGACUGUCCCCAAGACACCCUCAUCAGACUGGCUGUCGACAAGUUUCUAUACAACAAAGACGCACUCUUCACUGACAAGAAUGCCCUCAUUUACAUCACCACCUUCUACUUCGUCAUCACUGUCACCACUUCAGCAGGUUUCGGUGACCUGGUGCCUCGCAACCUGCUGGAGACGCAGAUCUCGUGGGUGAUGGCUGUGAUGGGCAAGGUACAUGCAGCCUACAUGAUGGGAAUAAUAGCCUCCCUCUACUCUUUUGGAGUGGACAAAAAGACACAGUACUACGACGAGUCACUCAGACUCAAAACGGAGCUGGAUCUGAUCCUGAGGAGUCAGACUAGGCAGGAGAUCAAGAAGCGGGAGAAGCUGACAGCUGAGGACAGGGAAGAGAUAGGGAGGGGGGAGGUGACUGCUGCAGAGAGGAAGGAACAGAAGAAACGGGAGGUGGAGCGUGAUGGCCUGACUGCGGCUGAGAGAACGGACAUUGAGAAGUAUGCGGACAUAGGCUGGAAUCUCUCCGAGGGAAUCCACAUGUCCAGUCCAGAAGUGUUCAAAAACACGCCAUACUCCAUCAACGCCGCAGAGAAAGUCGAAUUGUACAGGAGCUUCCUUCUGAAGAUCCUGCGCCUGUCCAAGUAUGACAUGAAAGUACAGGAGCUGCUGGAGUCCAAUUACCUGCCCUUCAAGAAUAAACACGAAGUGAGGAGGGUGAUGAUGCGGGUGCUGUGUUUCCUAGUGAAGGAGCAGUUCCUCCUCACCGGCACUGAAAUUGCUCAGGACAGCGAUGACAUGCAGUAUUACACUAUCGUGAAAAAGGGUGAAAUCAUCAGCAUGCGGAGUGAGGAGCCGGUUGAUGAGCUUCUGAUGGAGGCCAAAUACAAAGUGACCAGCACCUGUCUCAUAUUCCUCAUCGACAUCAAGGAAUUGGACGAGCACCUGAAUGACUACGUGGAGAGAGCGACAGGAUCUAUGGCCAGAAGUGUGUCCAUAAGUGGAUCUGACAGCCAAUCAGGUGCCUCCAAAAAAGAGGGAGAUGAGGCAACCAAUCAGAGCGGAGAGAACAACGAAGAACCAGAGAUCAUCAUAGAGACUGAAGAACCACCUCAGACCACUGAUCAACAAGUAGAAGCCUCUGAGAACCAACAGGCCACGGGAGAAACAGCAGAGCCGGGAACUGAGGGACAAGGUGACGAAAGCAAAGAAGUGGAGGUCACAGCUGAGGUUCACGAGGACGGAGACGCCGCCACACCACCCGAGCAGCCGAGAAGACGCCGUCGUCGAAGACGUCGGGUCUCGAGAGACGAGAACGGUCAGAACCAAGCGGAAAACGAGGACGGAGAUUAUGCGAGAGACGAUCCUCAGGUGGUGACACCCGGGGAGACUCAGGUUACUCCGGAACAACAGGAGGCUCCGAGACGAAGACGACGUCGGAAGAGACGAAGACCUACAGGUGAGGGGGAUCAGCAGGACGAGAAUGAGGAGCAGGAGGGAAACAACGAAGACGAGAACAAUGAAGGAGAAGGAGGGAGCCGGCGACAGACUUACGGGAGAGAGGGAUCGGAACGGAACACGGAGACGAGGGUGUAACCACUAUUUCUCUUUACUAGAGAUAAAAUCACGCCCAUCAAAUAUU